AUGUCUGUUGUGUCUGUUUACCUCUUCAAUGUGGCUUCCCUGUUUCCCAACGUUCCAUUCUGCUCAGGUCCACUCACCGGUCCUACCCAUUUCGGUCUGAUUCGUCUCAACCAGCAACUUGCUUUCGGAUUCUCUGUCACAGCGCCAACCGUGCUAAGUUUCUUGCUUUCACGUAAGUACUUUCCGAAUGCUUGUUUGAGAGGUCGUCAGACCGUUUUGUUUAUACGAAGAUGUUAUGAUUCCAUGAGUUUUGUGGUGACAAACUAA